GUAAAUCAAGCAUGAACGUGAUACCCUUGAAUUUUGAAGAAUUUGAAGAUGAUUCAUUCUACAGCAUAGGAGGUGUAGAUGCAGGUUCACAUUUUUCAAUUUCUACUCUAUCUUCUAAUGACCAAAAAAAAAAAAAAAGUGGGUAG